AUGUCAGUGCGUCUGCUGAUGGCAGGCGGGCGGCUGGCGCUGCUCCGUAUGGCUACAGCUGCCCGGAUUGCACUUCCUGGUGUUUUCUAUGUCAAAGAAGAGGAUUUCUUCUGGCAGGAGGGCGCGGGAAUGGCACUGGACAGGCAGCAUGACCCAGGGUUCAGGUGGCAGCUGAGUUAUGGCUUCUCUGCCAGGUCGUGGCUGAUGGCCACCGAACCGUUUCUGGUGAAUGAAGACCUGUCCAGAGGUCCUGGGAUACCAGAGUGCUUCGUAGUGUCCGAUUCCUACAGGGAUGAAUUUCAUCCCUUCAUCGAGGCUUUGCUGCCGCAUGUCCGCGCGUUCUCCUACACCUGGUUCAACCUGCAGGCCCGCAAGCGCAAGUACUUCAAGAAGCAUGAGAAGCGCAUGACGAAGGACGAGGAGCGCGCCGUCAAAGACGAACUCCUGGGUGAGAAGCCCGAGAUCAAGCAGAAGUGGGCGUCCCGUCUGCUCGCCAAGCUCCGCAAAGACAUCCGGCCGGAGUUCCGCGAGGACUUCGUGCUCACCAUCACGGGGAAGAAGCCGCCGUGCUGCGUGCUGUCCAACCCCGACCAGAAGGGCAAGAUCCGCCGCAUCGACUGCCUGCGGCAAGCGGACAAGGUCUGGCGCCUGGACCUGGUGAUGGUUAUCCUGUUCAAGGGAAGCCCGCUGGAGAGCACGGACGGAGAGAGGCUGCACAAGUCGCCGCAGUGUUCCAACCACGGCCUCUGUGUGCAGCCGCACCACAUCGGAGUGUCCGUGAAAGAGCUGGACCUGUAUCUGGCCUACUUUGUCCAUACGCCAGAAUCUGGACAAUCAGAUAACUCCAACCAACAAGGAGAAGCAGACAUCAAGCCUCCGCCCAAUGGGCACUUGAGUUUCCAGGACUGCUUCGUGACGUCAGGCGUAUGGAACGUGGCGGAGUUGGUCCGUGUGACACAGACACCAGUUGCCACAGCAACCGGACCCAACUUCUCUCUGGCCGACCUUGACAGUCCAGGAUAUUACAACAUCAACCUGGGUCGCCGUUCCAUUACGUCCACGCCAUCGACCAGGACUGAGAUGGAGUUUUAUGCCAGUCUCCCGCGGAGCUCCAACAAGCGUAAAUCCAUUGAUGACAGUGAGAUGGAGAGCCCGGUGGACGAUGUCUUCUAUUCGGGCCGUUCUCCUGCCCCGGGAGCAUCCCAGCCCAGCGGCUGGCCCAAUGAUGUUGAUGCAGUGCAACACCAUUUGGCCAGUAUGCAGGAGAGGAAGAUAAAACACGAAACCGAUGGCGUGCAGUUUCCUUACCAUGGACUCUCGUCGCCUGGUUCUCUUAAGAAGUCGGGGAAAUUCGAUUUCAGCGCUCUGUCCGGCCAUACGAGGUCUGCACGCAUGCCGUUCAGCCAUCACCCGCUGCCCAUGCUGGCAGGUGUAAGACCAGCAGGAAGUCCCCGUGCCUCAGCUUCCUCCCUGCACUUCCCCUCAUCCUCUAUCAUACAGCAGUCCAGCCCAUACUUCACCCAUCCCACCAUCCGAUACCACCACCACCCGGGACAGGACCCGCUCAAGGAGUUUGUGCAGUUCGUGUGCGCCGACGGAUCGGGACAGACUAGUGGUCAGCAUACUCCACGCCAGGCUCCACAGCUCCCAACAGGUUUGUCAGCAUCGGAUCACGGGACAACAACUUUCUGAACAUACCCCAGCAGACGCAGUCAUGGUUCCUUUGACGAGGUCCUGCCUGCAACCUGUCAACACAAUUUGGAAGUUUUAUGACAAAAAAAAUUUUAAAUCCUGUUUGAAAAUCCCCUCCGACCCGGAACGCGCCCUAAGAAACGUGAGCAGCAUAUGAUUGGGAAACGUUCGACCCUGUGUUUGCCAACCGUCAGACGCCCUUCAAGCCCACCCCUCCACCUCCGAUAAAGACUUUCAGAUCACAGCAGGAGGUGAGGGACUGACACGCACCUACAGCAUCUCGCAAGAACCGUCACCAAACCAACGGCAACAUAGAGGAGGAAGAACCCCAUGAACACAGACAGAAAAUCUUACUAGGAACAAGGAUGUAGUGUACAGUGGCUGGGAUUAUCAACAGUUUGAGUGGUGAGGAUUCAGACACAACAAAAACGCAAGAUUUUGACCAAUUAAACUUCAAUUUUUUUGUUUUCAAAACACUUGCUGAUGUUCAGCAUACAGGCGACACUAAAAGUCAUUUCACAUCAUAAGAGCCCCGGACGUUUUGCAUUUUUAGCUAAUUAGCAUGCAGUAGAAACGUCUUUCUUUCCCUUUUGCGGUCAAUUACUAAACUAACUACGAAGUAUUGCACUACAGUAAUGCGAAGAACACUAGUUCGAUGUGCACUAUUGAAAAUGGAAUUGACGGCGGACAUUAUUUGCACAUUUUAUUGCGGAGAAAAACUAACUGGCAGACUAAAGCUACCCAGAUACCCGUUCUCAUUUUCAGGCCUCAAACAGAAUUUUUUAUUAAAACAAAAA